GAUUCGAUCAUCAGAGUUCAAUGGAUGUCCCCUUACCAGUCGAGAAAUUAUCUUAUGAAUCAAUGCCUGAGGACAAAACUUGUGUAGUGCUUGUGGCAACUGGGAGUUUCAAUCCUCCAACUUUCAUGCAUUUACGCAUGUUUGAGCUGGCGAGAGAUGAAUUACACUCAAAAGGAUUUCAUGUUCUUGGAGGCUAUAUGUCUCCUGUUAAUGAUGCAUAUAAGAAGAAGGGCCUUUUAUCUGCAGAACAUCGUUUAGAGAUGUGUAAUCUAGCCUGUCAAAGCUCUGAGUUUGUAAUGGUUGAUCCAUGGGAGGCAUCUCAAAGCAGCUACCAACGAACUUUGGCGGUUUUAUCAAGGGUCAAGACUUUCUUUACAACAAUUCGACGUGUACCCGAGGAAUCUCUCAAAGUCAUGCUACUAUGUGGCUCGGAUUUACUGCAAUCUUUCUGCACUCCCGGUGUUUGGAUCCCUGAACAGGUAAGAACUAUUUGUAAAGACUAUGGCAUUGUCUGCAUCCGUAGAGAAGGACAGGAUGUUGAAAAUAUGAUCUCUGGUGACGCAAUCUUAAACGAAAACCAUGCUAACAUAAAUAUCGUUGACAAUAUUGUUCCUAAUCAGAUCAGUUCGAGUAGAUUAAGGCAAUGCAUUUCGCGAGGGUUAUCGGUUAAAUACUUGACUGAAGACAGAGUUAUAGAUUAUAUCAGACAACAUCAACUUUACACUGAGCUCACAUGAUAAAAGCUGAGAGGAUUGUUACUUCAUCUGAUCAAUAUUACUUACAACACAACCCAUAAAAUAAACAGAUGUAAUCAGA